GCCAUCUUUGUUAUAACCUUUGGACCAUGGCAGCCACAGCACUCCUCUCCCAGGCAGCACGAAGACUAGAAGGAAAGGUGGCCGUGGUCACCGGCGGGGCGUGCGGCAUAGGAGAAUCUACCGCCAGGCUCUUCUCGAAGCAUGGGGCUAAAGUCAUUAUUGCCGACAUUCGGAGCGACUUGGGCAAGUCGGUUUGCAAGGAUCUAGGGCCGGAGACUGCAUCCUUCGUGCAUUGCGACGUGUCAUGCGAAUCGGACGUUGAGAACGCCAUCGCCGCUGCAGUUGACAGGCACGGAAAGCUGGACAUAAUGGUGAACAACGCCGCGAUCGGGGACCCACCCAAACUCAACAUAUUGGACAUUGACAAGGCCGACUUCGACAAAGUGAUUAGCGUGAACCUGACGGGAGUUUUCCUAGGGGCCAAGCACGCGGCUCGAGCCAUGAUCCCGUUGCGAAGGGGAACCAUCAUCAACGUCGGGAGCGUCAGCUCGAGCGUGGGAGGGGUGGCGUCCCAUGCGUACGCCAGCUCCAAGCACGCCGUCGUGGGGCUCACGAGGAACGUGGCCGCAGAGCUCGGGCCGUACGGGAUCCGCGUGAACUGUCUCUCGCCUUACUUCAUUCGAACGCCGCUGUCAGAGGAGAUGUUCAAGAUCGACGAGAAUCCAGGAUUCCGAGCGUAUUCCAACUUGGAAGGAGUGACUCUUCGGGAAGAAGACGUGGCGGAGGCCGCUCUGUUCUUGGGGAGCGACGAGUCCAAGUACAUCAGCGGCCACAACCUGGCGGUGGAUGGCGGGUUCACCACUAUCAAUCCCGCCUUUGGCUUGUUUGCUCGCGCUUAAAGGAAAAGCACUUCUU